UGAGUUACGGUCAUUUAUACCCAGGCUUCUGUGCGCGAUUGUUUCGUCUUCGUUCGUCGCCAUCAUUGCGAAGACGAAAGAGGUUGGUUUCAUUCAUUUUCGUGUGGCAGUGUCAUUAUACGAAAUCCAGCACAAAUGAAGAUGGUUGAUAAAAUAGACAUGAGUCUCGACGAUAUUAUCAAGCAAAAUAAAGGAACAAGACCACGCGGCGGCAGUAGCAGACGUGGAAGAGGUGCCGGUAAUUCACCUCGUAGAGGAGCACGGAGAACGCAAAGAGUUGGUGGUGGCGUCAUGCGGGGACGCAAUCGUGGUGGCAUUACAAGAAAUUCUCUUCCAUACACAAGGGGCGAUGUAAACAGUGCUUGGAAACACGACAUGUUUGAUGGAGUAAAAAAGGUUGGCCGAAGUUCAAUAGGUAGCGCAGGGACAACCAAGCUCCUUGUAUCGAAUCUAGAUUUUGGAGUAUCCGAUUCAGACAUUCAGGAAUUAUUUAGUGAAUUUGGCCCCUUAAAGUCAGCAGCAGUACAUUACGAUAGAUCAGGCCGAUCAUUAGGAUCUGCAGAUGUUAUAUUUGAAAGAAGAGCAGAUGCUAUUAAAGCAAUGAAACAAUAUAAUGGCGUACCCUUAGAUGGUCGUGAAAUGAACAUACAAGUUGCUACCUCUGAAAUACCAGUCACGUCUAUCCGAGGAGGACCGAGACUUAGCGGCAGUAAUUUUACACAGAGACCUCAGUCCCGCUUUAGGGGUAGCCGUGGAACAGGAUCCGUCAGAGGUCGUGGAACUGGUCGACGUGGUGGCAGAGGCGGCAGCCGGCAAGUAACGAAAACUCCUACCGCUGAAGAAUUAGAUGCAGAACUGGAAGCUUAUGUGAAAGAAGUAAAGUAACAACGUCACAAAUCUUCACACUUAAGAUUUUGUUCUGAUCUGACUUAACACAAUACAAUGUGUUUCUCUAAUUUUCACGAGAAUAUAUAAAAAUAAGUAUAAAUAUAUCAUUAGCAAAAUGUUGUAAGAAAUUCUUUUUAAGUGGGUAUUUUUUAUUUUUGACAGUUUCUUUGAAAAUUGGCAUACAAUUUUUACAGACACUUAAGAAAAAUGAUUUGUAGGAGUUCAUAGAUUUUUUUAUGGUAUCGUAACAAAAACAAAAGAAAUAAUAAUAAAAAGUUAUAAUGUAAAGACUGUAUGGAUUUGUAUGUACUAUCGUGCGUGUGUGGUUAUCAGAUGAAAAAUACAGUAAAAUUCAUCUUUA